AUGACUUCGGCGGCGGUGGAGAUUUUGGGGCUGGGACUGGGCAUCCUGGGCUGGGUGGGGGUGAUCCUGGCCUGCGGGCUGCCCAUGUGGCAGGUGUCGGCCUUCAUCGACGUGAACAUCGUGGUGGCGCAGACCAUCUGGGAAGGGCUGUGGAUGAACUGCGUGGUGCAGAGCACGGGGCAGAUGCAGUGCAAGGUGUACGACUCCAUCCUGGCGCUGCCUGCCGAGGUGCAGGCGGGCCGGGCGCUCACCGUCAUCGUGGCAUUGCUGGGGCUGGUGGCGCUGAUGGUGACCGUGGUGGGCGCGCAGUGCACCAACUGCAUCCGGCCCGGUAAGAUGAAGUCCCGCAUCGUGAUCGCCGGCGGGGCCAUCUACAUCCUCUGCGGGGUCCUGGUCCUCAUCCCGCUCUGCUGGUUCGCCAACAUCGUCAUCAGCGACUUCUACGACCCCACCGUGCCGUCGUCCCAGAAGCGGGAGAUGGGGGCCGCGCUCUACAUCGGCUGGGCGGCCACGGCCCUGCUGCUCUUCGGGGGCUGCCUCAUCUGCUGCUGCUCCUGCUCCCAGCGCGACGAGACCUCCUUCCCCGUCAAGUACUCGGCGCCGCGGCGGCCCACGUCCAACGGCGAGUACGACAAGAAGAACUACGUCUGA